AACACCGCGCCAUGUCCUCCCUCCUGGAAGAAGCCUACGCCCCGCCCCUGCCCCAGCCUGCAGCGGCGGCACCGCAGGCCCCGAUCCCGACGUACCGCCUGCGCCGGGACAUUGCGGGCGUCGAGACCGAGCUCGUCGUGGAGACGUUUGACGAUAGGGUGUUGGUCGUGUUGACGCAGAGCGGCAAGGUCGGGUGCUUGACUCAGGCCCACCUCCCGCCCGUCGCCCAGCUCGUCCCGCCCCCGGCGCACACGGACGCCGCGCCCUCGGCACUCUCGGCCCUCCCGCCCCCGCCGCCAGCGACGCACCUCACGCCGCUGCUCGGCGCGCCCCCGCAGCCGACACUGCACGAGCUGUACGUCUCGCAGAUUGCCACGCUGGUAUGGUGGGCGCUUCAGCUGGCGCGCGCGCCGCGCCGCCCCGUCGUCGUCGGGCUCGCGCUCAAGCGCGCGCCACGUGGCCCCGGGCUUGACGACGACGACGAGGGCGUGGAUGGGGACGACGAGAGGGUCCGGUUCGCCGGCGUCAUGGACAUGGUGGCGUCCUGGCCUGGUCCUGCGUCUGCUCCUGCUCCGCAGUAG